AUGCAAAAAUUUCGCAGAAUUGCAAAUUUUCCUACAGUAAUUGGUGCAAUUGACUGUACUCACAUCAAAAUAAAAAAGCCAAGUGAAGAUGGUGGUCAACUAUAUAUUAACCGAAAAGGAUUUGCAUCAAUUAAUGUUCAGCUAGGAGACAGUGGCUAUGCUUGCACACCAUAUUUGUUUACUCCAUUACUGCGUACUACAACACCUCAAGAGGAGCGGUACAAUAAUGCACACAUUGGCACCAGAAACACAGUGGAAAGAUGUUUUGGGUUGUGGAAGCAGAGGUUCCGCUGUUUAUUAAGAGGCCUUUACUGCAACAUUGAAACUGCUAAAACAACAAUUGUAGCUUGUGCUGUAUUGCACAAUAUUGCCAUAGAUAUGAAGGAAGAUGUGUUCCAUAGUGGGUUUGAUGACAAUAAAGCUAACACACAAACAUCUGCAGCAGUAGCUUUACCAGUGGAUAACAAUGUACGUGGAAAUAUAAGAAGACGGCAAUUCAUUGAAAGACACUUU